CUGGGUCAGUGGGCUUCUUUUGGCUACUCCCACCGCCCAAAGUUCUCCACCUCUGCCGGCACUUGAGGCCUUAAAGCCAUUUCCCCCAUUGAAGCAUUGAAAGCAGCAGAGGAGUAUAAAUAGCCGAGGGACUCAACCCCAUCAGCCGGGCCACUUGAGCUUGGCAUGGCUUGCCAUUGUUGUGGUGUCAACUGUGGAGUCCAUUGUUCCAUCCUGUCCAGGUGACGAACCGUAAUGGAUGCUGCUGCUCUCAUCUCUGGCACAAAAGGUAAUCCGAGAGGCGGCUUUUGUCCUAAAUGGAUAUAAAAGUAUGGCGACUCCUUGGCCAGAGCUGCAGAAGGAGUACAGCGCUGGUCAGGCACAGAUCGAGCAUGAUGCCGUGGUUGCCCAUUUCCAUUAUGGCAAUGGCGCUGCUUAGCCUGACAAAUAAAGGAAUCGCCAGUCAGUACGCCAGCGAUGAAGGUUUGGACGAGAUGGUGGGUCUAAGGAGUCUGGAACACCGCGCGGAGGAGCAGCAGCCCGAUCGCAGUACAUCGAAAAUGCUCAGUGCCCUAUUCGGAUUCAGUCCCAGCACUCCACAUCCCACAGAGAUGGCGAUGGUCAUGCCCCAUCAGCUGCCGCCCAUGUACUAUAACGAUUUCUAUGAGGAUCUGGUGACCACCAAACGCAAUGAUGUCCAUUCCGCAGGCUGCGACUGCAAAGUUACGAAUGAGCUCGUGGAUCUGGGUGGUCUGCACUUCCCUCGCUUUCUGAUGAAUGCCGUUUGCGAAUCGGGCGCUGGUCGGGAUCUGGCCAAGUGCUCGCAUGGAUCCAAUUGCAGGCCACUGGAAUAUAAGGUAAAGGUCCUGGCACAGACCUCUCAGUCCGAUCACCCCUAUUCGUGGAUGAACAAGGAUCAACCUUGGCAGUUCAAAACGGUCACCGUAACUGCCGGCUGCUUCUGCACAAAGUGAUUGAAAGGAUGUGAGCAACUAUCGUGAAUGUGAAUUAAUUGUAUAUUAAAGCGCCAAAAAGACGUC